AGUGCUGUCGACUGUUGAGAAAUUCAGUUUGGGUCUGGAGGGAGCACAGCUAGCUGGAGCCAGCAGCAGCAGAGGCCCACAAGGCUGCGACUGUGAGCUUUCGGGUACUGCCUAGACACCUGGAAGAUUGAUGUCUGGGGAUUUAUCAAGAUGCUUGGCAAAAGGAAGCUGUCCCCCAGGGCCGGUCCCUGAGGGUGUGAUUCGAAUCUAUAGCAUGAGGUUCUGCCCCUACUCGCACAGGACACGGCUGGUCCUCAAGGCCAAAGGCAUCAGGCAUGAAGUCAUCAACAUUAACCUGAAAAACAAGCCUGAUUGGUACUAUACAAAACAUCCUUUUGGCCAAAUUCCUGUCUUGGAGAACAGCCAAUGUCAGCUGAUCUAUGAAUCUGUCAUUGCUUGUGAGUACCUGGAUGACGUGUACCCGGGAAGGAAGCUGUUCCCAUAUGAUCCGUAUGAACGAGCUCGUCAGAAGAUGUUAUUGGAGUUAUUCUCUAAGGUCCCGCAUUUAAGCAAGGAGUGUCUGGUAGCACUGCGAUGUGGAAGAGACUGUACGGAUCUGAAGGUUGCCCUGCGUCAGGAGUUGUGCAACAUGGAGGAGAUUCUUGAAUAUCAGAACACUACCUUUUUCGGAGGAGACUGUAUAUCCAUGAUUGAUUACCUUGUCUGGCCGUGGUUUGAGCGGCUGGAUGUAUACGGACUGGCUGACUGUGUGAAUCACACCCCGAUGCUACGGCUCUGGAUGUCCUCCAUGAAGCAAGACCCAGCUGUCUGUGCUCUGCACAUUGAUAAGAACAUUUUCCUGGGCUUCUUGAAUCUCUAUUUCCAAAACAACCCUUGUGCCUUUGAUUUUGGGCUGUGUCCUCCAAUCAUACGGUAAUCCAGGCAUUGACCAGGACUCUCAUGUCUGAUUCUGCAUCACAGGUCAUCUUGCGGGUGUCAGUGUAUGUGUUCUUUUUUUGAGGUCCCUAAUAAACAUGGAUGUGUAAAA